UUUCUGGUAUAGUGAUUCUAUUGUCAUUCUCCAAACAGCUCUUUCAUAGCUUCCACUGUAACGUGCGAUUGAAAAUUGUCAUUCCACGCCUAAACCUUUGAAUCUUAUUCGAUUCAUUUAAUGACAACUUACUCUCCCAUGUUCACUCAUUCGUCGUACCAAUGUUCCCUUUCACCCUCUUCUAAUUGCUAAACCUUUCUCUCUCUUAACCUCUUCCCUUCUUCGCUGCUUCUCAACAACAUGACGGACAAUGAAGAACCGAUGAUUGCACCUGGAACAAUGUCUGAAUUAGCAUUUAAUAAAUAUAAGCGAUGUCAAUGGUGGUUUCUUGUGGCACUCAGUAUAGGCUUUCUUAUCAUAGGCCAAUCUGCUGCUGUUAUCCUUGGAAGAUUUUAUUAUGAUCAGGGUGGAAAUAGUAAAUGGAUGGCUACUCUAGUUCAAACUGCUGCCUUCCCACUCUUGUUCAUUCCAUUAUAUACAAUUCCUUCACCUGCAGAGACUUCAACUUCUGUUUCAUCUUCCAUCAAAGUUAUUGUUUUGAUAUAUUUUUGUCUAGGAGUCUUAAUUGCUGCCGAUAAUAUGAUGUACUCCACUGGACUGUUGUACCUCUCGGCUUCUACAUACUCGCUGAUUUGUGCAUCACAAUUAGCCUUUAAUGCAGUUUUCUCAUAUUUUAUCAAUGCUCAAAAGUUCACACUUUUGAUUAUAAACUCUACAGUGGUUCUCACUUUCUCUGCUUCUCUCCUUGCUAUUAACGAGGACUCACAGGAACCAUCAGGUCUUUCUCAGGGAAAGUACCUUAUUGGUUUCCUAUGUACCCUUGGAGCUUCUGCAGCGUACUCUCUUUUGCUUUCCCUCAUGCAACUGACAUUUGAGAAGGUUCUGAAGAAGGAAACUUUUUCUGUUGUUUUGGAAAUGCAAAUCUACACUUCUCUUGUUGCCACUGGUGCUGCUGUAAUAGGCCUAUUUGCAAGUGGGGAAUGGCGUACUAUGCAUGGAGAAAUGGAGAGUUUUGGGAAAGGACAGGUUGCUUAUGUAAUGACUUUGGUUUGGACAGCAAUAGCCUGGCAGGUAUGCUCUGUUGGUGUUGUUGGCUUGAUCUUCCUAGUAUCUUCUCUCUACUCCAACGUUAUCAGCACUGUCUCUUUAGCUGUUACUCCUAUUGCUGCAGUUAUAGUUUUUCAUGAUAAGAUGAAUGGGGUGAAGAUAAUUUCUAUGCUUUUGGCUCUAUGGGGUUUUGCCUCUUACAUCUAUCAGAACUAUCUUGAUGAUGCAAAGGCAAGACGUGCACAAGCUCACUCUCAGAAUGAUUCUGCUUGUUGAAAACAUUGAAUUUAGCCAUAUCUUUGUUAUAGUACCUUUUUUUUUUCCUUUUUAUGCUUUGAUUGCUUCAGUAUAGCGUUUGCUAGCUUAGAUUUCAUUUCUCCUCAUUCUCACUGAAAGAGUGAGAUAGUACAAUUAAGGAGGUUUAUUUGUUAUUCUAUAGAUAUAGAUAUUGUUCUCUCAUUAAGGAAAUGAAAUAUUAUAGGUGUCAGCACUGAUUGGAAGUCUCUUCCAAAUAUUUUUUUGAUGGCUUUGUGAACUGUGAUAAGUUGAAAAUAAUUAUUGGUUAUUCCAUAGAUUAUUUCAAAUUGGAUAUAACUUUUUCUUUGCCUUUUUCUAAUUAUUGAUUAAUUGUAAUCUUUGUCAGUGUCCAACUUCUUAAUCCUAUCAUAUGCAAUUGAAUUGCUAUAUACUUAUGAGUUCUCU